AUGGCUCGCCUUCAUUCCAAAAUUCCCAGCCAAAGACUACCUCUCUGCCAAAACUCCUCACCCACCAUCGAUCUCCACACCUCUCAACAGCAGUCCCCUCAGCCGCCGACAGCUACCCUUCCACCACCGUCCGCUGCUGUCAAGCCGCCAUUGCCAUCUCCCUCACCCGAACCUAAUCCUGACGAAAUUCAAUUUAAUUAUGUUUCGGGCUUGAUUAGAAACGAAGUGAAUGAUAUUGCUUUGGCUCCAAGAAUUGCUGAAAGGGCAAAAAAGAUUUGUUCACCUCUGGCUGCAAGGGGCUCAAGAGUUGUAAGGAACAGGAUGAUGGAAGUAUCUCCUGCAGUUUUGCCGCAAAGGAAGAAGACUUUGCCAACUGCAGUGUGCCACAGCCAAAUAGGCCCAUUUAACAUGAAGGCUGGUGGGCAAAGGAAUAACGACGGCGUCGAUUUCUGGGUCGUCAAGGAGGGACUCAUAGGAGCCGUAAACCUUGGCAUUUGGUGGGAAGUUGUUGGCUUUUGCAAAGGCCAAGGCUUUUUCCUAGGAGCGGCUCGCGACGGCAGAGUGUUGGGAGAAAUAUCAUUGCAAGUCUAUGGAGGCUCUGUUGAUGACGUACGUGGCAACGGCAUUGACUAUGUGGCACGACCAUGCAAACAUGUUCACAGAACUUUUUCCACGUGUCUCGCACAAGCAAACGUGUCAAAGGUCUAA